AUGGAGCCCGCAGGCCCGGCGGGGGCCGGCUACAACGAGGCGCUGCUGCACAAGACCAUCCUGGUUGGAGACAGCGGCGUGGGGAAGACGUCUCUGCUGGUCCAGUUUGACCAGGGCAAGUUCAUCCCAGGCUCCUUCUCCGCCACUGUGGGCAUUGGGUUUACGAACAAGGUGGUGGCCGUGGAUGGCGUGAAGGUGAAGCUGCAGAUUUGGGACACUGCAGGGCAGGAGCGUUUCCGCAGCGUGACCCACGCCUACUACAGGGAUGCCCAAGCCUUGCUCCUGCUCUACGACAUCACCAGCAAGAUGUCCUUCGACAACAUCCGCGCCUGGCUGACGGAGAUCCACGAGUACGCGCAGAAGGACGUGGUCAUCAUGCUGCUGGGCAAUAAGGCUGACGUGAGCAGCGAGCGGGCCGUGAGGACGGAGGACGGAGCCUCGCUGGCCAGGGAGUACGGGGUGCCCUUCAUGGAGACAAGCGCCAAGACGGGGAUGAACGUGGAGCUGGCCUUCCUCGCCAUCGCCAAGGAGCUGAAGCAGCGAGCGCUGCAGCCGCCGGACGAGCCCCGCUUCCAGAUCCACGACUACAUCGAGGCGCAGCAGAAGAAAUCCAGCUGCUGCGCCUUCGCCUGA